CACACCAAAUCGCUUAUUUUGCUAACACUACAUCCGGACUCCCAGCGGCGCUCGGUCAACCCCCACCCCGGGGCAACUUCCCCCGCCACUCCAUAGUGCCCGUCCCACCCACUCCCUCUCCUACCAACCUUCUUCCCAGCAUCGCCCACCCUCUCCACCUACCUCUCGCCAGAUCUCGCCAUCACGUCCUGGUUGGCGACGGAUCCGGUCCUCCCUUGGGCGCAUGCCUCCCCCUCCCCAAUGAACUCGCUCCGACCACCCACCCAUCGACUGCCUCUGCUCGCCUAGAUUCUACCGGAGGCUCCGCAGGCCUCGAUCUGGUCCGGCUGCCACAAAUGCCGGCGGAUUCAUCAGGGGAAGGAGCGACCAUGAGUGAGGUCUUCGAGGGCUACGCAGGGCAGUACUACGAGAUCUCCGCUGCCCACUCCCGCAAGUGCGCCACCGCCUCCACCGCCGACGACGGUACGCACGCACGACCCCCCCCCCCUCUCUCUCGCGCCAGAACCCCAGAUCCCGAUUGUUUCUUCUGUAUCUUGGUCUCGUCCUCUUCUCUGCCUGUUCGCUUCACCAGAGAAGAAGCGGAAGAAGUUGUGUGAGAUCCACGCCGACGUGCAGGAGUCUGAAUCGCUGGUAAGAACCGGCUGAACUCUCUACAAUUUUUGUUUUGUUAGUCUUCCUUCCAUGCUCAGCUGUCAGUUCUAGCUAUGUUGUGCAUCCAAUUUCUGUUUGGCUGGCUUCCCGUAGAUCAGGAGGAUGGAUUUGGAGGUCCGGAAGCACUCCCUGUGUUGGCCACAAAGGUGAAAACCUACGGCAGUCCAGCUCACUCCAUCGGGUGAUAUUUUUUGUUUAGAUGCAGCUCACUUUCACAACAGCGUCCGACGAAUCGCUGGAGCAGUCCACACAACAUGCACGUGCGGCCAUCAACGACUCCCUAUGCAGUGCACUUGCAGGCGCCGGCUCUUCCAUCUUCAAAAUUUGUUGGUAGCCACUGGAGAUGGUCUAGUCCAGGUCGGCUGGGUGACCCCGCGGUUCACACUUUGUUCACAAUAGUUUGUUCAGUGCGCUUGGUUUUAUGGCCAUUAGCUAUUGGAUUUUUAUUUUAAAAUAAUCGCUGAAGUGGUUCUGCCUCUGGAUGCCGCAGACGUGCAGUUCGGUAGGAGAUAAUUGCACGUAUCAUCCCGGAACUUGCUGGCGAGGUCCAAUUCAGUCCUGGAAGUUGAGUAUUGAUCCAAUACGGUCCUGAUUCUUGAAAAUACGUCCACACUACGGUCCUGGAACUUGGGCGGGCAGUCCUGGCUCUACACUUGGCGUACGUACCGCGUAUCAGCCCCUGUGCCACGUCAUCACAGGUCUCGCCCGUCAGCCUCGGGCCCAGCAGUCAGCGCGGUGCCCACCCGUCAGUGCGCGACGCGGUGGUCAUUUUGCGUUGCCCCCUCUCCCCCGUCUCUCUGUCUCUCCACUUCUCCUUCUCUUCCCCGAUUGAAAACAGAGGAGGGAGCAGAGCACUGUGAGACGGCACGACGGCGGAUGAUCGGUGACCCGGCGACCGUCCGAUGGUAGUUCCUGAGGCGGAGGAAGCGACUGCGACGUCGCCGAAACCCAUAGGGCUGAUUUCUACGGUGAUGGAGGGCCCUCGACGGCAACUCGAUGGCGAGCCUGCUCCGACGUACGUGGAGCGCAGUGGGUGGUUCACUGUUGAGGUGAUACAUGGUGGAUUUUUCUUUGGCAGUGGCAACAAUAGGUGCUAUUUGGAUGGACAGAAGGUUUGCUAUGAUUACUGUCAUGUGGAGAGGGCAUAUUCCAGAUUUUUUGAAGAGUUAGUAGAGCAGUUGGGUUAUGAAAAGGCUGGCAGAAUUGAUAUGUACUGGUUGCCCCAUGGGUCUCAGAUUAAUGAAGGUGCUGCUAGGCUAUUGUGCAAUGAUGCAGACAUAGAUGCUAUGUAUUUAAUGAUCAAUCGAGGGCACCAUUUUCAAAUGAUAUACCUUGAUCAUGUAGACAGCCAUAUUUCAGGAGGAGCUGAAUGGGAUGAUGUAGUGGCUAAUCCAGUAGCCCAAAUUCCUGUUGUUUUCAGUCCAAAGAAGAUGCCAAGUAGAUAUGGAAAUGAAAGCAAUACAUCCUGUAGUGUUGUGGAUGAAAGUCAAGAUAUUCAGAGUCAUGACCAGUUAUUUGUAAAACUCAGACCAAGAGGACAGAAAAUAGAAGAGGAGGAAGAACCAAAUGCAGAUUCAGAUUCAGAUUCUGAUAGUGAUUAUGUCUGGGAUUAUUGAUAGUGAUUAUGACUUGGAGGAUGGGGAUGAGGAUUUGUUCCAGGAGCAGCUACAACCAUUGGAAGAUACGAAAGGGAAGAAGGUGGUGGAGGACUGCAACUCUGAAGAUGAGGAAUUGGAUGCUCCAGCUUCAGAAGAAGAUGAAAUGAAAUUCAAUUUCAAAUCAUUUACUGAUGCAGACAUGCAUGAGCCAAAGUUCCAUGCAGGACAAUUGUUCUCUUCAGUGGAGCUUAUGAGGAAAGCAGUUAGAGAGUAUAGUUGCAAAGAGAGAGUGAACAUCACAUUCCCAAAAAAUGACAAAAUUAGGCUUGGUGCAAAGUGUGAGAAAGGAUGCCCCUGGUAUCUCUAUGCACCUUGGGAUAACAGGACAAAUUCAAUAAUGGUGAAAACAUUUAAUGGCGAGCACACUUGUGAGAAGAAGUGGCAAGUCACGGCCUUUACAGCCGGUACAUUGCUGACAAAUAUGUUGACAAGAUUAGGGCAUGUGAGAAGAUAACAUUGAAGGCCUUAGCAGGUUUUGUGCAGGAAGAUUGGAUAUGACAAUUAAAAGGGGCAAGCUAGGGAGAGCUAGGAGAAUUCCAUAUGAUAUUAUAUAUGGUGAUGAGAUUGCACAAUACAACUUGCCGUGGGACUAUGCAAAUGAGCUGAGGAGAUCUAAUCCUGGUACUACUUUCUUUGUUGAACUUUCAGAUGAGGGGCAAUUUCAAAAAUAUUACUUCUCAUUUGAUGCAUGCAAAAGGGGGUUCUUAUUAGCUUGUAGGCCCAUUAUUUUCCUAGAUGGCUGCCACUUGAAGACACAAUAUGGAGGUGUGCUUUUAAGUGCUGUAGGAAUGGAUCCUAAUGAUUGGAUAUUUCCUGUGGCUCAUGUAGUAGUGCAAAGUGAAGAUACAAAAGCAUGGAGAUGGUUCUUGAUUGCUUUGAAGCAAGAUCUUGGCAUAAAUAACACAGAUCUCUGGACCAUCAUGUCUGACAAGCAAAAAGUAAUUCCUUUGCAUUAUUAUCUUACUUCAAUAUGUAUCAGAACUUAUGUGCAUGCUUAUAUAGUUUGUAAUGUGUGAAAUGUCAAUGUUUUUGCAUGGUUUAA